AUGGUUAAUGCCGGUAGUGGUAGCAGCAAAAGUAGCAAAAAAUAUGACCUGAUUGAAGACGAGGAGUUUAAAAUAAAAAAUGAUGCAGGCUAUUCGAUAUCACUUUAUACAAGCAAAGCAAGAUAUGUUGCAUUGAUUUUAUCCUCACUUCAAAUGUUAUUGGUUUCAGGUAUAGUAUUUGGUUGGCCUGCAUUAGAAACUGAAUUAAUCCAACAAAAUACAUUUAGAUAUUUAUGUGGUGAAGACGAGGUUGUACCAUGCCCAAAACAAUCAUCAAGAUUAAAUUUAGUUUAUACAAUUGGUGCAUUUACAGCAACAGGGUCUGCAUUUUUAACAGGUGCACUUUAUGAUAGAUAUGGACCCAAAAAAACAAAUUUUUUAGCUUUUAUAUUAUUGGUGUUGGGAUUUGUACUUUGGUUUAUAUCAUAUCUAUAUGAAAGCAAUUUAUAUAUAGUAUCUUUUGCAUUCAUUGGUACUGGUGGUCCAGCAUGCCAAGUUAGUUUAUUACAUAUUAGCAAUUUAUUCCCAAAAACAUCAUCUGCAAUUUCAUCAUCAUUCUCUGGUAUGUUUGUAGGUUCAUCAAUCAUUUUCAAGAUAUUUCAAAUAAUUGCAAAUAAAUAUGAUAUCAAAAUAAGUUAUAUAUUUUUAGUUUAUAUGGGUUUACUUUUGCCACUAUUCAUCCCAACUUGGUUAUUAUUAAAAAAUCAACCAUUUUUACCAUUUUCAGAUUUUAAAAAUAAGCAAUGUGUGUUUGGUAAUCAAGAAACAGAAAGCAACACAAACAACAACAACAACAACAAUGAUGAAUCUAUUCCAGAUGAAAACAAUAGUAGUAAUAACAAUGAUGGUAGUAUUAUUGGCAGUGAUGAUAUUGAAGAUGUUGGCGAGGUUAUUUUAUCACCAGUUAAAGAUCAACCACUCUCUACCCAAAUAUUUUCAAAAGAAUUCUUUUCUUUAUGUUAUUUUAUGAGUAUAAAUUCACUUCAUUGUGUCUAUUAUAUGGGUGUUGUUAAUGGAAUGUUUUCAAAUAAUCAAAAAUAUGUAGAUAUAUUUAAUUAUACAUGGAGUGGUGGUUUAAUUUUGGUACCAUUUGUUGGAUAUAUUAUGGUCAAAACUAAAUUGUACAUGAAUUGUUUCCUUGUUAAUUUCUCCUCAAUUGUAUUUGGUAUUUUAUCAUCAAUUGAAAUUGACCGAGUUCAGCUUGGAGCUUUCUUUUUUGCAUCUCUUUUAAAUGUCUCUUUGUGGGGUUUCUAUUUCAUUUACCUCUUCCAUAUAUUUGGUAAUAAUAACUAUGGUAAAUUAAUGGGCUUAUCAUCAAUUGUUACAGCUUUAAUUGGCUUAUUAGAAUAUUUAUUUGUUUAUUUAAAUAAUAGUGUAGGUGCAUCUUAUUCAGUUAUCAAUAUUGCUUUAACUUGUUUUAAGGUACCAGCUUUUAUUUUAGUAUAUUUCAUCGCAAAAAGUAGUAAAAAAGAUUAUAUAUUAUAUUCAAAUUUAAAUUAACUUUUAAUGUAUAAAUACAUUAUUAGAUUG